AUGAGUCUGAAUUACGCGUCUCCGGCGCCAACGCAGAGGUCAACGUCAUUCUUCAUUGAGGACAUCUUAUUGCACAAACCCAAGCCGCUGAGAGAGGUGUUCCCCUCGCCCUUCAGCAGCUCCCUGGCGUCCCGGAUGCCCAUCCUGGAGUAUGGAUAUCCGCUGAUGCCAACUCCAAUUCUGGCGCCUCACCCUCACCACCCUCUCCACAAGCCAGAGCAUCACCAGUACUUCUUCACAUCUGGGAUGCAAAUGCCAGCGUUAUUUCAGCACCACGCAGAGCUACCGGGCAAGCACUGCAGACGCAGGAAGGCCCGCACGGUCUUCUCCGACUCGCAGCUGUCCGGUCUGGAGAAGAGGUUUGAGAUCCAGCGGUACCUGUCCACACCGGAGAGAGUGGAGUUGGCCACGGCGCUCAGCCUCUCCGAGACACAGGUGAAAACGUGGUUUCAGAACCGGCGGAUGAAGCACAAAAAGCAGCUGAGGAAAGCGCAGGACGACCGGAAGACGCCGGGGGACGUGGACCGCUCGGCGGAGAACUCGAGCGAGGGCGAGCUGACGGAGAAGAGCGCGGACGAGCUGAAAAACGGACUGGAGCCGGACUCGUACCUGCUGGACGAGAACGACGACGACGUGGACAUCGAGGACGACGUCUGCUCCCCCGACCAUCUACUAUAG